AAGAGGCUUCCGUAAUCAUAAUUUCGCAGAGCUUAUACAGAAUUUGUCGGCGGUGACAAAAGCAAACAACAAGCGGAGAGUUCGAAGAUGUCGGGUGUUACCAACAACAACGAGGAGGACAAGAAGCCGAGCGAGCAAGGAGCGCACAUCAAUCUCAAGGUCAAGGGCCAGGAUGGAAAUGAAGUUUUCUUCAGGAUCAAGAGAAGCACUCAACUGAAAAAGCUGAUGAAUGCUUACUGUGACCGACAGUCAGUGGAUUUCAACUCAAUUGCUUUCCUGUUUGAUGGUCGCCGCCUCCGAGCUGAGCAGACUCCAGAUGAGUUGGAAAUGGAGGAUGGGGAUGAGAUCGAUGCCAUGCUUCAUCAGACAGGAGGUGCUGUUGUCUGAAGGAUGUGGUCCACCUUUGUCCUUGCAUUAUAAGUAGAAUUAGUUUAACUUAGAGAGCUAGGCUAAGGCAUAAGAUACAUAUUCUAUUAUCAUCUAUGCUAUAUUAUAUACAGCUUUUGUCGCUUGACUUAGGUGUUAUGCUUCCUUUGUUAAUAUCAUUAUGAAUGGAGUGAUAUAAUAUUUCAGCUUCAUUUUGUCUUGAGCAGCCUCCAUGAGAGUGAUACAUCUCCAUUAUGAAACAUGUGUUGGAUGUUUAGAUCAUGUUUUGAAAAGUCUUGAAAGGAAUAUUUGAUAGACAUGUGAAUGGACAUGCGAUUUUUAAUUUA